AUGGUUCAAAGUAGAAGCGACAUCCGGGUACAAAGAAUAUUUGCAAGGAAAACAGUUCACCUUAAAAUCAUAGCGUUGUGCGCUCUCUGCAUGCUUAUCUAUAUGCACCUUUACUCUAAGGUCAGUCUACAAGCCCUAGCCAACCGCGACCUGAUAGAGGGGGCGCUUAAUGACUUUCGGUCAUGGAAAGAGAAUCUGCUAGAUUGGUGGGCUUAUACCAGCAAAUGGUUAAUAAAUGAUGAGGAAUUUAUGGAUAAUGAGAGAAAUAUAAUCCAGAAUUACUCCAGUACUCUUGUACCCAGAUCUGCACUUUAUGUGGAAUCUAAUUUUUCCAACAUUCCCAAGUAUGUAGAAAACCUAGCACUGGAACUGUUGAAUGCAAAUAAAACUUUACUGACGUUGUUUACAACGUGGAAAGUAUCCACCGAAAAAUACACGUGUCAUAACAAUACAGUGAAAAACUGGAAUCUUUUGAAACCAUUUGUCCAACCGAUCAUGUUCACUAACGAGGCUGAUUUAUCUGGCAGGGUAGCAAGUAUGGGAUGGAAAGUUUUACCCAUCUCUAAGACACGAAAAGGAGUACCAGUUCUCAAACAUAUGUAUUUAGAUACUAUCAGUGUUUACAAUUCUACUUUUUAUGCCUACGCAAAUGGAGAUAUUCUUUUUACUGAUACUCUUCUUAUAACGCUGAUGGCAAUACUGAAUUCUAGUGUAAACAAAUCACACCCAUUGAUGAUUAUCGGCAGGCGAACAAACGUGGACAAUGUGACGUCAACUGACGCUGAGAACCAAUCAACAUUAAUUGAAACAACGGACGCUAGAGGAUCUUUGUUUACCGCGUGGGGUGAGGACUAUUUCAUAACAAUGAAAAACUUUCCUUGGAAAGAUAUUCCAGAAGUUAUUGUUGGUAGACGAGCAUACGACAAUUGGCUCGUACUGGACGCUAGAAAGCGUGGGAAUGUGAUUGACGCUACCGAGACGCUCUUGGCUGUUCAUCAGACAACAAUUCAGGGAAAUUACGAGGGACUCAAACAUCAGGAUAAAGACUAUAACCAUAACCUCCUAGUCAAAAUGUACAGACAUCUUCAUUACGCGGCAGGAAAAACAUCAUGUGCUGAGUUCAUUACACGCUACAACGUUACCGAUGUUCCCAAUAUUCAGAGAAGAAAAAUUGAUCAGGAAUGUUUUCCAUUAUAA